AUGCUUGAUAAUGCAAUCCCAGAGCAUUUGCGGGGCGAUAGAACCCUCCCGGAAAACACACCCUCGGCCGAUUUCCAACCAGCGUACCCAUCGUACAGCGCUCGGUUCCCUGAAAAGGCCACCGAGCUUGUCAUGGGACUCAUUGGUGCCCAAUACAAGACAAAGACUGGAGCGGACGCGCUUGGUCAAUCCAAGAUCUCUAGCUUCUUAGUGUCCGAUGAAGCAGCCCCUUCUUUCCAUGAAUGGACAUCGUUCAUAGACAACAAGGGAUAUUACAAUUUGGUGGCCUUUGCCUACUGGCCGAGCACGGCCGAUUACGAGACUUGGAGCAAAGAGUCAGGAUUCAAGAAGUGGUGGGAGUCUCUCCAAGCCGAAGAUCACUCCAAUGGGUGGUUCUUGGAGGUAUUCCAUCCCCCCAUGCAGCGGUUCGAGACCCUUUUCAAUACCCAGACCCCUGAAGGUUCAGGCCAUCUGCGGGAGGCCUGGAGUGGUGAGAUCCAGCAGCAUGGGUAUUGGGGUAGUAUGCGGGAUAGGCUACCGAUAUCCCUCACAGAUAGUCUGGAUGGGACCAAGAUAAGCAUCGAUCCUUCUCCAGGGGUUGAAGGCCGCGUGCGUGUUCCCGGCAAACAGAAUCUUGCAAUCAUCCGUUCUGGCCAAGACUGGCUCAUUACCACACCUGAGGAACGAGAGCUGUAUCUCAAUACCAUGCAACCUGUCCUCAUCAAAGGCAUGGACUUCCUGCGAGACCAUGGCGAGGAGGUGGAUUGUUAUAGCUGCCGGUUCAUGGACGUGAUUGACCCAGCCACUCGUGCGGCGGAUAAGGAUCGAACAUUUGGAGUCGCUUACUUUAGUGAUCUGAAGUCACUUGAGAGCUGGUGUAAGAAACACCCUACGCAUCUUGCCAUCUUUGGUGGAUUUUUCCAAUAUGCAAAGAAGCUGAAAUACAACGUCAAUCUCCGGGUGUUUCAUGAAGUAAUGGUUCUGGAGCCCGAUCAGCAGUUCUUUGAAUAUAUAAAUUGCCAUCCGGGUACAGGAAUGUUACAGUGA